UACUUACAUGUAUCUUGUCAUGUAUUGUUCAGCUUGACAGUUCGAGCAAUUGUGUUGUUGAUUGUUUUCAUACAUUUUUCGGGAAUUGGUGCCGCAAUGGAUCUUCAAAGUACCGAUCGAGAGAAGGGGGAGAAGGUGAAGAUAGUUAACCAGGUGAAGCACAUCCCGAAAGAUGCUCAGGUGGUGAUGUCGAUCUUGAAGGAGCUUGGUGCGACCGACUACGAGCCGCGGGUCAUUAACCAGCUCCUGGAAUUUACCUACCGAUACGUAACGUGCAUUCUGGACGACGCCAAAAUAUACGCCAACCAUGCGCGCAAGAAGGUGAUCGAGCUGGACGAUGUGAAGCUGGCCACGCAAAUGAUUCUCGACAAAGCGUUUACGCGGCCGCCGCCCCGUGACGUACUGCUGGAGAUUUCCCGCGUCCGCAACGCCACACCGCUGCCGCUGAUAAAGACGCACUGUGGAUUACGCCUGCCACCGGACCGUUACUGCCUUUCGGCGUGCAACUACAAGCUGCGUGCGGCACAGCAACCGAAGCGCAUGAGCAAAUCCGCCCUGGAAGGACGGUCGUCGCUCAAGUCGGCUAAGGGAGCGGCCGGCGGUGCGGACGGUGGCGUCAAGCGCCCAUCCGUGCAGUCGACACCGAAAACGCAGGUGGUUAGCAUUCCGAAACCGGUGUUCAAGUUUAGUACGGCCCCGAAGACGACACCUGCGGCUGCGGCAGCCAAACCGGUCAAGACGUCAGUCACGGCCAUGGGCAGCAAUGGAGCGGCGGCAGCGGGCAACGCCGGUGCAGCGGGAGCGGUAGAGAUUAAGAUGGAAACGGACGAUCAGUUCGGCGAGGCAGCCAACGGAGGCAACAAGCGUAAGCGGGAGGAGGAUGACUUUGAAGUAGUGGAGUAAUGUAGCAAAUACACCUAUAGAAAACA